CCUUCACUAUAAGUGGGCAGACACCCUAAAGCAGAAGGCAGGCAGUCCCUUCUUUCAAACAGAGGAGUGAUUCACGUAGCAAAAUCUCUAUAUCCAGAGUUCAGUAAGUGAAGAAACAUGGUGAGAACACCUUCCUGUGACCAAAAUGGGAUGAGGAAAGGGACCUGGACUGCAGAGGAAGACAGGAAGCUGAUCGCCUAUGUCACUCGCUAUGGCUGCUGGAACUGGCGCCAGCUCCCCAAAUUCGCAGGGCUGAAAAGGUGCGGGAAGAGCUGCAGGCUGCGGUGGAUGAACUACCUCCGCCCCAAUGUGAAGAGAGGGAAUUACAGUAAAGAGGAAGAAGAGACCAUCCUCAACCUCCACUCAUCCCUUGGAAACAGAUGGUCAGCAAUUGCGGCCCACCUUCCCGGCCGGAGCGACAACGAGAUCAAGAACCACUGGCACACCAGCCUCAAGAAACGCGCCAGGCAAAGAAUUAGUCAGGAAGUGAAACUACUGGAUGAAACCCAGAAGAUAGAGGAGGAGAAGAAGGUUGAGAUUCCACAAAAAGUCCAAGUACCGGAGAGCAGCUCCACGAUUAGCUCAACGUCAGCUUCGACACCUGGGAGUGAGCCCAGUUGUAUGUCCUCGUCAGCAUCAUGGGCCGGAUUUGGAGAUGAGCUGGUUUCCGACGAUGCGAGCUGCUUCGCCGAUGUGUGGGAGGCCGAAGCAGCAGCAGCAGCGGCGGCGGCGGCGGAGGCUUACUUUAGUGAUGAGAUGGAGAUGGAGAGGGAGUUGUACGGAGGGUGGACAGAGUCGCUGCUCACAACUGAGAGCUACUACUGGCAGGUGCCCAGUAGUGAGUUUUUCGCCACUUUCGCUGCCGAUCAGGAGCCUCAGUCGCCCUUGUUUUGCUGAACGGCGGCGGUGAUUCAUCAUUUGAGUUGUAAUUAUUUUAUCUAGUAAUUUGAUGAGGGUGGUGAUUCGUGAUAUUGCAGUCCCCAAGAGCCCAAUUUUUUUGUGUAGUGGUAAAACUAGUAAAACUAAAUAAAGACGGUCGUAAUUAAUUAAGUAGAGUUAUGAAAUCAGUUGCAAUAAUAUUAUUACUGCAAAAACUUUUGCAGGGGUUGGCAAGUGGGUUCAAGUGGAUAGGAUGGAAGGUUUGAGGCUUAUUAAUUGAUGAUUAUAUAUAUUUAGGUGGCAUGAUUGGGGUUGGAUAAGGAAUAAAUCUCUAUUUUAUCCUCUUUGUGAUGUUAUGUUAAUUGUGGUUUUGUU